CUCCCAAAGGCUAUGUUUAAAGGCGUGCACCACCACUGCCCAGCUAAGUCAUUGUAGUCUUAUGGCUAGACUGUUCAAUAGUAGAUGUCAUAAACCUUAUUAAAAACACAAAAAAGUUUAGAAGGUGUGAAAGUUCUGGCAAAAUCAGGUGGUAGUAUCAACUCACAUUUCUCUUCAGUGGAGAACUCCCUGCUGCCUUUAUACUCGUAGCAUAAAGCAGACUGUAUGUCUCACAGGGUGACCUGAGUGUCCCCUCUACAAACAAACAAACGUAGUAAAAAGUCCCGUGAGUGCAAAUAGGUAAGUGAGUGGUCACAUACAGCCUGACGAUGCUCUGUGAGGCUGGGGGAAGCCCCUGGUUGACUUGCAAGCCUAGGUGGCUUCCAGGGUAGAAGGGGCUGAGAACUCAACACCCUGAGGCUCUAAUCCAGCCCUCUGAUGGCAGGGGUGAGAUGACUUCCAUCCUGCGAAGCCCUCAGGCUCUCCAGCUCACACUAGCCCUGAUCAAGCCUGAUGCGGUUGCCCACCCACUGAUUCUGGAGGCUGUACAUCAGCAGAUUCUGAGCAACAAGUUCCUCAUUGUGCGGACACGAGAACUACAGUGGAGAAAGGAAGACUGCCGUAGGUUCUACCGAGAGCACGAAGUGGGCCAAUCCGAGCCUACAUCCUUGCCCACAAAGAUGCCAUCCAGCUUUGGAGGACACUGAUGGGGCCCACCAGAGUAUUUCGAGCACGCUACAUGGCCCCAGAUUCAAUUCGUGGGAGUUUGGGCCUCACUGACACCCGAAACACUACCCAUGGCUCAGGUGAGUCUCAACCUCUCAUCCACAGCCACACAUGAGGAAGGAUGUCUUGGGGCAGACGAGUAAGCCAUGUGAUGAGAUUGACAGCAGUGGUCCCUCCAUUGAGCUUGUUUCCAUAUAUUUCUGCCCUGUAUAGCCGUCUCAGCCGUGUGGCCUGUACUGAGUGGAUCAGUACAUUCGCUGUGAUAACCCUUCUCUCUCAUUUGGGUUUUUCCU